UCUUUCUUAUUCAUCUGCAAGAGACUUUCUUUGAGGGUAGAGUUGUGUCUAAAACUGUGAAAAGUUCAGGCAGAGGUGCUGACAACCAUUCUUUUUGAUUUAAAAAAAAAAAUUUUCAGCUUCCUUUUGUCGUAUUCCGAAGUGCUUAAAGGGACAGGUAUGCUUCAUUGAGACGAGAGAAAAAGGAGGAGACAAGAAGAUGAUAUUCAAGGUGUAAGACAAGACCAAAAAAAAAAAAAAAACAAGAAAGAGCAGAUAAGGAAAAAUAGAGAUUACAAGAAGGAAAGACUAGAAAAGAUAAGGGAGAAGCAAACCAAAUAUGGGACAUAAGACCAGAUAAAGCAAAGUGAGGGGACGGUGAGGACAAGAAACCUGUUGAGGGACGAACAUCAGCACCAUUGGGACCAUUCCUCAAAGCCAGAUAAAUAUGGCAUGUCAGGCAUUCGGAGCCGACUCUUUCACCCCCUUGCCCGGAGAUUCACCCUUGCCAAUCCUCAUGCACCACGGCUCUACCAGUGACUGCCUGCCAGCCACCUCCCAUGCUCACAGCAUGAUCUCUGCAGUUUCAUCUGGGCUGUCACUGGGGCAGACCUCCAAGCGCUCCCACAUGCACCUGUCCACUUCCUCCCUCGGCAACGCUCUUGGUAAUGCCCCUCCAAGCUUACAUUACCCAGUCACUCCCUGUCACUACAGCAACCAGCAGGCCACUUAUGGCAUGAUGGCAGCUCAGGAGAUGCUUUCUGCCAGCAUAUCUCAGACUCGGAUCCUGCAAACAUGCGGUGUCCCUCACCCUAACAUGGUGAGUGGUGCAAACCCAUUGCAAGGGUCUCUGACUCCUUGCAUAUACAAGUUUCCAGAUCAUGGGCUAAGUAGCAGUUCUUGUGCGUUGGGCCACGGUUUCUCCACUUUGCCCUCUGCCCUGCUCUCAGCUGAUGAUGCCCCUGGGGGACACAGUGGAGAGGUGAAAACCGACAUCCAAAGGAAGAGCAUGCGGGACCAAGAGGAUGCUCCUGCCAUGGAUUCCCCACAGAUACGAGAGCUGGAAAUGUUUGCAAAUGACUUCAAAAUACGCAGAAUCAAGCUCGGCUACACUCAGACUAAUGUAGGCGAGGCUCUCGCUGCAGUGCACGGCUCUGAGUUCAGCCAGACCACGAUCUGCCGCUUUGAAAAUUUGCAGCUGAGCUUUAAGAACGCCUGCAAACUCAAGGCCAUUCUGGCUAAGUGGCUUGACGAAGCUGAGCUGGCUGGUGCUUUGUACAAUGAUAAAAUAGGAAUAAAUGAGCGGAAGAGGAAAAGAAGAACAACUAUAAGUCUUGGAGCCAAAGAGGCCCUGGAGUGCAGCUUUGUUGAGAAAAGUAAACCAUCCUCUCAGGAGAUAGCCCGAAUAGCCAAAGGCCUCCAUCUGGAGAAGGAAGUGGUCCGAGUCUGGUUCUGCAACAGACGCCAAAGGGAGAAACGUGUAAAAACAAGCCUCAACCUCAACUCCUGUUUGACCAAAAUCAGUCCAAACUGCAUCGCACAAAUAAGUAAAACGCAAAGAGCAAUGACGUAAUUUAAUGUGUUUCUCUGUUUUGUUUUGACAGAGGCUCUUACAUGAGCACAUUUUGUGACGAGACAUUAUUUUCAAACAAUAUAUGCAAAAACAAUAGUUGUAGUGUGACUCGAGGGAAUUUGUGCACCAAGAAAAGGCAAAAACAAAACACUAAAAAUAAUGCCCCCAACUUCCAUUCAGCAGAGUUGAUGCACAAAAGCUAUUUCAUUCGAAUAAGCAUCCACAUCUGUCUGGUAAAUAAAGAUGAAAAUGAAAAAAAGAAACUCCAUUGUAAUGUACUUACAAUACACAUCAGUCUCAGCUGCAAAAGUCAGCUGAAUUCCGCUAUUGUAGUUUCUCAUUGUCGUGUUAUUUUUUGUCCUUAUUUACUUACAGAAAUGUUUUCCUGUAGUAUUUUAAUGCCACAUUGUCCCAGAGAAAAUGCAAUUUAAAAUAAGAUGAAUGUCAAAGAGAACACCAGUUAUUAGUUUUUGCUGCUUGAAGUUGAAACUGUGAAGAUUGAAAAGCAAAAAGGAAAUGCUGCAGCUCCCAGCCCUGACAUUUAAAUGUUCUGAACCUUGCCUGUGCCAUGUUUGCUGGGUGAAUGCUGCAAGUUUAUUAAGCACACAGACUAAAUGUAAUUUCACCUACAAGCACCAGAGUGCAGACGAGUGCUUGUAAAGAUCAGAUCUGUGCCUUCUGAAAACAUAAACAGUAUUGGUGGGAAAGUGGAAAAAUGAAGUUUUCAACAUUUACAUCAGGAUUUAACAGCUUUGAUCAUUUUUUUGUUGUUGUUGUUUUGGUCAUAUUGUGAUUCAAGCUAAUGUUUUUUCCCUCUUUAAUUAUACCCCUGUGUUGUUUAAAACAAAUGUUUUAUUUAAUGUAGCUGUGACCUAUUUAUUUGAGAGCUAAUAUAUUGUGUUGAUCUACUGUUUUUUUUUUCUUCUUCUUCUUUUAAAGUUGAUCUACUUUGCUGCAUACGACUUUUUUGAUUUAUGGUUUGAAGUCACAGCAUGAAACUUUUUGACAGAAAAUGGAUUUGAUGUCAGCUGUUUGCCCGAUCAUACUUAGAUUUGUGUUGCUUGUGUCGUCUCUGCCUCGACAAAGAGGAACAUCAGUCAGUCGAGACCCUAACCUGUUUGCAAUGACUGAUGUGAAAUGUCUUCAUAAAGGAAGGGAACAAGUUCAAACACAACACCCUCUUAAAAGAAAAGGUGUAAUAAAGUGUGUGCCGUGUAUUACACACAAUGCCUAUCAGGGGUAAAUCAGCUGUUUGGAAGAGCUUGAAAUUGAUUAAUUUAAUGAAAGUGUGUGUUAAAUGAGAAUGUCAAAAAGACUGUUAUAAAUGUCUUUAUUAUGGCCAAAGAUGUACUUAGGGAGUAAAAAUGUUCUUAUUUAAUCUAUGAAACUGAUCCUGUAAGGUACAUCAGUUCAAACAGUAAAUUGUGUUUUAUGAAGAACUCCCA